UUAUUUUUCGACAGUAACCAUGAUAAUAUCUUUGUUUAAGGUGCUUGCGUCCAAAGACAGGGUCCUUCCGGAGUUGCCAUUGGAUUGGGAAUACACGUGCGCGUAUUUAGGCGAAAAUGAAAGCCAAGGGAGAGUUGAAGGAAUUUGAGGUUAUCGGCCGGAAGUUACCAUCAGAAAAACAGAAGGUGACUCCACUAUACAAAAUGAGAAUAUUUGCACCAGAUUCCAUUGUCGCAAAAUCCCGCUUCUGGUAUUUCCUGCGGCAACUAAAGAAGUUCAAGAAGACCACUGGGGAAAUUGUAUCAAUCAAGCAGAUUCCUGAGAAGUCCCCAAUUAAGAUUAAGAACUUUGGUAUCUGGUUACGCUAUGACUCCCGAUCUGGCACCCACAACAUGUACCGUGAGUACAGGGACCUGAGUGUCUCUGGUGCAGUCACUCAGUGCUAUCGGGAUAUGGGCGCUCGCCACAGAGCGAGAGCGCAUUCCAUUCAGAUAAUCAAGGUGGAGCAGGUAAAGGCUUCAAACUGCCGGCGACCUCAGGUGAAGCAGUUCCACGACUCAAAGAUCCGCUUCCCACUGCCCAAGAGGAUCCAGCAGCGCCACCUCAUGAACAAGUUUUCAGUCCGCAAACCCAGGACCUUCUAUAUGUAAACAUAUUGUGGACAUUUGUUGUGGGUUUCUGAGUUUUGGAUGUGAAACAAUAAAGUUAUACUGUAAGAAUAAA